AUUUCCCCACAACAAAUUAAAAGAAAUUUUCAAGUGAAUGUGAAGAAUUACGCAAAAUGAGGAAAGAAGAAACGGCAAAAGAAAACAAAAGAUACAAGAAUAAAAAAUUAUAAAUCCACACAAAAGAAAGAAAAGAAAGAAUAGCGUGUAAUUGAAAGAAAUUUUAGUGACAAAUUGUUAUUGUGACCAAAAAACAGUAGUAAUAAUAAUAAUAAUAUUAAUAUUCAUUGAAAAGAAGUGACCCAAUAAACAAAAUCAACAAAAAAAAAAUAAUAAAAGAAAAGGAAUUUUACAACCAAAACAUCAAGCAACUAACCGACCUGUCAGCCAACCCGCCUUUUGGCAAAUCUCGCACAUAGUGUUAAUUUGUUUUACACUCCCUGUGUGUGUGUGUGCCUGCGUGCGUGUAUGAGCGUGUGUGUGUCUGUGAAUGCAAGUGCAUUAUUGCGUGCCUCUUGAUAUUUAAUUAUUAUCCAAGGGGAUAACGCACCGCCAGCCAGCCUAUCAGUCAGCCCGCCCGCCCGCCAGACUGUGUCGCACUGUACAAAUUGUUUGCGACAGUAACAAUAACAAGAACAACAAACAACAUUAACGCCACAUUGCAGUGCGUUAAAAUCCCCAUCCCAUUUUCAACAUCAUCAGCAACCGAGAGCCAUCAACGAAAUUCACAUCAUAGACAUUCAUCAUCCCCAUCAGCUUCAUUCUCGUCAGCAGCAGCAGCAGCAUUACCAGCAUCACCAUCGUCGCCAUCAUCGCCGUGCUAAAGAUCCAAGAUGACAUCUUUAGAUAUACGCAAUAAUUCGGCCGUUAUGAAACGUGCCGAACAGCUCAAACGCUGGGAAGAGUCCGAUACAAAUCAACAGCCGCCCGUACCGCGGCCAGAUCGCGGCAGCCGCAUCAAAUUCUCAUCGGGUUGUAUAUUUUUGGCCGCCUGUUUGGCCGGCGAUAAAGAGGAGGUUUUGAAACUGCUCGAACAGGGUGCUGACAUAAAUACCGCCAAUGUUGAUGGAUUGACAGCUUUGCAUCAGGCCUGCAUCGAUGAUAAUCUAGAAAUGGUCGAAUUUCUGGUGGAACAAGGCGCCGAUAUAAACAGACAAGACAACGAAGGUUGGACACCCCUGCACGCCACAGCCUCAUGCGGCUUUGUGAGCAUAGCACGCUAUUUGGUGGAGCAUGGUGCCGAUGUUGCUGCCGUCAAUAGCGAUGGUGAUUUAGCCGUGGACUUGGCUGUCGACAUCCAACAUUUGCCCAUGAUUGAUUUCAUGCAAAAAAUGGUGGCCGAACAACAAAUUGAUUGCGCCAAAGCCCGCCAAGCCGAACAACAACAAAUGCUGGCCGAUGCCAAAAAAUGGCUGCGCAGCGAUGCUGCCGAAAUUGAUAGACCACAUCCGAAGACGGGUGCAACAGCGCUGCACGUUGCUGCAGCAAAGGGUUAUACAAAGGUUUUAAGUUUACUGCUCGCUGGACGUGCUAAUGUUGAUGCUCAAGACAACGAUGGUUGGACACCAUUGCAUGCUGCCGCCCAUUGGGGCCAAAAGGAGGCAGCCCAGAUGCUGCUCGAUGCCAUGGCCGAUAUGGAUGCCCAUAAUUAUGCCGGUCAGACGUGUAUCGAUGUGGCCGAUCGUAAAAUGGUUAAAUAUUUGGAAGAAUAUCGAGCCAAUAACAAACGUAUUAAACGAAGGCCAUCUAGUCAAAUCAGUCGAAUCUCAGAUACAAUUGAAAAUCAUAUGGAUAAGACACCACCCAAAAUUAUACGUGUUGAAGUUCGACCUGAUAAUAAUAAGGACCAUCCUAAUGUUUCAACAAGUGCCGCUGCCUCAACAUCCGGCUACAGUAGUAGUUGUAGUGGCAGCAGUGGUCUACCCACAAAUUCGGAAUCUGAAGAAACGGACUCUGAUCUAACUGAUUCGACAGAGAGUUCGCAUUCGACGAGUGUUUCUGGGUCUAAUGAAGAAGAUGAUAAAACAUCUGUACAGAAAACAACAAACGAACAACCCGCCACAGAAGAUGAGGCGCCAUGGCGUCGUAAUAAUGUCGCCCGAGUGCGUACCAGCAACGACAGUCCAAGUAAAAAUCAAGUUCCUGAUGUUAUUGAUGUUAACAAAACAACAACAGCAACACCAAAUGCCGCCACAACAGAAACGACAGAUGUCAUACUUCGACGAACUCAAAGCUUUGAGAAUGAUGAAAAAUUCUAUCAAAAAUACAAUGAGUUGCGGGCACGCAUCAAAGCCAACUCAUGUCCCAUAAUACCGGCUACAUUGCAACAACAACAACAACAGCUUCAUCAGCAGCAACAGCAACAGCAGCAGGACCAGCACCAACAACAGCAACAAAAUAACAAUGUUAACAACAAUAGCAUUAACAAUAAUCUGAACAAUAACAUUAACACAAACAAUAUUGGCCAUAACAUCGGCGGCAGCAACAGCGGCAGUAGUAGUAGUGGUAGCAACUCCACCACCAACAACAUCAUCAGCAUUGACAGCAGUUGUAACACCUCCAACACCACUACCACCUCAAACACAAAAUUUACAACAACAACAUCACUAUUAUCACCAACAACAUCACAUUCGCCCUCAUCAUUGCCCGCCUCAGCCUCAACAACAGCAACACACCAACAUAUAACUCCUUCCUCUGCUACUGCUAUUACCGCUGCUACCUCUCCCCUGUAUUCUUCCUCGAGUCCCAUUUAUACCGUGCAAAGAUCAGCUUCACUCAAAGAUCACAAACAGAUAUAUAUCAGGAAAUCACCACCAGUUAGUCCUGCGGUAUCCACAACUCCCGCUUAUACCACCAACACCACAAAUACAACAGCAUCGCCGGCUGCUGUGGCCACGCCCAUCAGGAGGUCCUUUGUGCCACCAGUGCGUGACGAGGAAAGUGAGACACAACGUAAGGCUCAUGCCAAGCGGGUGCGUGAGACAAGACGUUCAACCCAGGGUGUGACCUUGGAUGAAAUCAAGAGUGCUGAAGAAUUGGUGAAAAAGAAGAACUCCAGUAUGAAUAACAAUAACAACAAUAACAGCAGCAGUAAUGAAUUGCAAGGGAAUGUUGGAAAAACCAACGAAGCAACCACAACAACAAUGACGACGGUAAUGACAAAUACGCCUGUCGUAACAGCAACAAUUCCAGCAGCAACAACAACAUCUACACACGAUUCCAAGCCAAGUGUUGAGCCAACAAAGGAUAACAAGCCUCAAACUGUUGACGAUGAUGAAGAUGUGACAACAGCCUCGUUUACAAUUAAAGCUCCCUCAGCUGGCAAUCGUUCGAGGCCCUCAUCGUUAAUUGUGACCGCCAAGACUUCAACAACAGCAGCCAAUGAGGUGGAUCAAUUGCUGGAGAAUAUUACGGCAAAUGCAGCGGAUGCAGAAGAGGAAGUAAGUGCCACCUUUGUAAUGCCGCCAAGAAAAGAUUCUCGUACCCCCACACCGACCUCAAGAAGUCAGGCGUCCAUGGAAGCGGAGGAGGUUGAAACUACCAUAGUGAUAGCUUCACCACGCAGAAAUGUGGUAGAGAAAGCCAUAACCGAUGAUGAAAAGGAUAAACAGAGAGAAGAACAGCAGGAGGCGGCUAGCGUUGGAGAUGGACCCAAUAAGAUUGCGGAGGAUACCACAAAUGAAAGUGAUAAGGAAGAAGAGGAAGCGGGAACGGCUGAAGAAGAUGAGGAGGAGGAUGAGGAUGAAAAGGAGGAAGACGAAGUGGAAGAAACAGAAAGUAGUGAUAACACGGAAAAUACCACAGCCGAUGACAGUGGCGGUAACAAUGAAAUCGAAGACGGCACUGCAGCGCAUAAAAAGACUGAACCUCCUCCCUCAUUGCAGGGUAAUAAACCUGCCGUUAGCCCACAACCCAUAAGGGUGCAAUCUCCUCCCAGCAGUCAGAGAGCCCAGUCAAGUGAACGCAUACGAGCUGCCUUCUUUAGUCCCCUACCCCUGACUAGUGUCCCCACGGCAGCAACCACCACCACGACCACGAUUACCACACCCACAUUGGAGAGCCCUGUACGCUUGCGGGACAAGCGUUCCAUAUUCGAUAUGGAUAAUGCCAACUCACAGACCCUGGCCGAUAGAUUACGGCUCGAGGCAAAUCGUUAUGGGUUUGAUGAGAAACGUGGCUUUUAUAGUGAUACUGGCAGUUCGCUACCGCCACCACAAAUGUCACAUGAAAAUAGCUCCGAACGUGACAGUAGCAUGUCACCAUUGUUUGGUAAUUUGGGUCAUAGUUCCAAUGCAGGCGGCACAGCCCCAACCGGUAGUGGCUACAGCUACAAUAGCCGUCGUAGUUUAGAUUCUUCCUCCUCAGCUUCUCUGCCCAACUCCCCAUUCCAUACGAGGGAUCGGGAAACUGGGGGUAGUGAAAAUCAUGCCCACAAUGCGGGCUCAACAACUUCGGGUACAAAUGCUGAUCGUAGACCUUCGUGGCGUUUGAAAUUUGAUGCUGGUUCUAAGUUUAAAUUAGAGGAUGCCAAUGCCGGCAAUACAUAUCCACCGACCAAUAGCACCAUCAUACCAAGUGCUCCAGCGGUUAUUGCUGCUGCCAAUUCCAUGUCACAGCGUAGAAUCAAUAAUGUGAACAAUGCAAUUUCUUCAUCCAAUACAUCAUUGAAUUCAAUUGGUAGACCCGUUUCGGCCCCACCGAUUAGUAAUUUAAGCAGCGGCAUCAACACCACCUCAUCAAACAACACCACCUCCUCAGCAACAACAACAGCAACCAGUUCCAGCAAUAAUCAAAAGAGCGAUGACAAAACAACUGAUAAUAGUUCCACAACCACCAAUACCACCAGCAGUAGUGGAAUCGGUUCUUCAUAUUCAGCACGUCGUGCCAGUGCCAAUACAUCAUCAUCAGCAUCGUCUACAACCGCCUUAAAUUCUGAAACAUCAUCUGCAGCCUCAGCGGCUGGUACCACCUCCUCCACAGCUACCAGUCUCAGCAAUAAUGAUGAUAAAGAUAACGAUAAGGAAAAUGAUAAUCGCAGUGCUUUGGCCACCCAAGCCGUCAUACAACGAAGAAGAAAACCAAAACGUCGCUCAACUGGUGUUGUACAUAUUGAUAUGGAUGAACUAGAUCCAGAGAAGCAAGAUUCUGCCAACGACAAUGAGGAAAAAGAUAAAGAAAAGGAGAGCGGUAGUGAAAAUCGUGCUUCACGAUCACGUGCCGGUAGCACAGUGUCGGUAGCCACAUCGACCAGUUCGGCCACAGAUGAUAAGAAGACACGUGAUAAAACAGAAAGCAGUGGUGAUAAUAUCGAUUACAAAGCCUUGUGGGAAGCUGUGAAAUUGGAAAAUGAAAAACUACGGGCACAGCUGAAGAAGAAAGACGACGAGGUUAUACAGACACGUGCCACAUUGGAAAGAUUUGCUAAUGCUACAAAUAAAAAUUCUCUGUCAGAGAUUGAAAAGCGCGAAAGGAGAGCUAUGGAACGAAAACUUUCCGAAUUGGAAGAAGAGCUCAAGCAAUUGGAUGCAUAUAAAACUGAAAACUUACGCCUUAAAGAGGAGAAUGGAGCGCUUAUUAGAGUAAUUAGUAAAUUAAGUAAAUGAAAUUCACUUAAACAAACUUAAAAACAAACAAACACCUACACACACACAAAACAUUAGAUAACGUAAACACACACACAUAAACUAAUAUUUAAUAAUAACAAUUAUCAUAUACAUAUAUAAAAAUUUUAAAAAAACACCACACCACGAAUCAAGCCCACAAAACAAAAAAACAAAACAAAAAACUAAAUUCAUUCAUUAAAAAUUAUUUUGUUUUAUAAAAAAAAUGUUAAUUGUGAAAACAAGCAAAACAACAAUACAUAUUUUUUAUCAUACAAUGAAUAAAAAAUAAAAUGUUUUUGAACAAAAUUACCAACAACACCAGAAACAAAACAAAAAACAAUAUUUUAUUUAAUAAAUUUAUUAUUAUUAUUAUUCUAAAUAAAGAAAACGAAAUAAACAAAACCAUAUAAAAAUUAU